AUGUUUCAUUCGGAUCACCGGUCAGAUAAAAGUAUUCGACUUUUUGAUUUUACUAAUGGUUCGAUAUUGGGCAAAGUACUUGGCUAUUCAGAAUUAAUUACUGGAGACUAUUAUACCAAUGAUGGAUCAUCGCAGCCGAAAUCUACUCAAUCAACCACAGCGACUAGAUUUUCGUUAGAUCAAAGUAAGCUGCCUACAGCUACAUCAAGUAAUACAACGGGUUAUCUAUACCAGAGGACCUUGGAAGAUUGGUUUACCCAGCUGAGCAAAAAAGGCUUUCAAAGAAAAAGAAGAAAAAAACGUCUCUAA